UAAAAAAAAAUCGUAUUUUCAUAAUUGAUAUUGUAUUAGUUAUGAUGCUAGCGUAGAAAUAGGUAAAUUUUCUGAAUGGUAUUGAUUUAGGAAGUUAUCUCUCUUUCUUAUUUAGUGCACCAAUAUAUUUUAAAGAUACUAACUAUAAUAUCUUUAAAUACGAUUAUUAUUUAUAACAUUUUAAUAUAUGAAUAUUAUGAUUUUUUGGGUUUGUAGGAAUUUGGUUAUGUUUGUCAAAUUAAUUUUGCCGGUUUACGCCUGUCUAUUUAAGUUCGCUGGUUUUAUUAUGUUAUAAACGAUGACUGUCAUACAUAAUAAUAAAAAGUUAGUACUAAAUACCAAAUAUAUUUCUAUUUUAAUAAUUUAGAUAAAAUAAUUUUAUUGAUAUGAUUUACUAUUUACGUAUAUAAUAGUUAGGUAGUUAUGAAUUUUGUGUGCCUAUAAUUAAGGCGAUUAAUCACGCACAUAUGCUGAAUUCCUAUUAUCUACAAUUAAAUUAAAUCUAUAGGAACAAAGAAUUUGGAAUGAUGGUGAAUCAUGCAGAAGAUACUAUAAAAAAUAGUGGUUAUCUAAAUUAUAGGAACUUGUUAGUAAUUAUUUCAUUUACGGAAAUCAAGCUUUAUUGUGAAUAGUAAAUUUUUGUUAGAUCAAUUGAUUAUCUUUAUACCAGCAAUAUAUUGUUUACAUAUACAUGAUUGUGAAUCACAAUUUGUGAUAUCUUGUUUAGCAUGUAUAUACUGUUUAUAUGAUGAUUUCCAUAUGCUUAAGAAAUCGUGAUGAAUAGUUUGGUUUGGUUUGUAAUUGGCAGUUCUAAUAGAAAAAACUACCGGUCGUACGUUUAGUGGAGUAUUGGAUUGGAAUAAUAUAAGGUAUGUGCUGGUUGCUCAACUAUUAAAACUGGAGUAUUGGUUUCGAAUGAUGUAAGUACGUGCUGAUCUAAUUUUAUUAAUACGAUUGUAUAUGGAACGGGAUGGUUUAACGUUUUUUUGGUAUAGAAAAUAAAUGGGCUAAGGAAAGUGUAAAACUACUGUGUUUAAGGCCAGUGGCAUAUAAUUGUAAUUAUUGAGAAAAACUUAGGGUGAAGAUUUAUUUGUACUUCAGUUUUAAUAGUUUAGAUAUAUUAACCCCCAAUUAAUAAAAUAAACAUGUAAGUGUAAAAUAAUCUAUGACAAUAUAUAAGUGGACGCACCCCAUCCUCAAGAAAAUAUACUACCAACCUCUAACUUAAAAUUCUCCAACAAGAAAAUAUACUACCAACCUCUAACUUAAAAUUCACCAUCAAUCCAAGAACAGAGGCAACACUAUGAUCAACUCCGAGAAUGUCAUUAUCAUCCUCACAGCAUUAAUCUUAUGCUUCUCCAUUUCCAUAUUAUCCGAACGUGAACCCAUCCCGUUUCAGAUGCAACUCGAUCGAUGGGAAGUAUUGCUACCGAGCAUCGGUAUAUCCGCCAUGCACAUGCAACUCCUCCACAACGGCAUGGUCAUAAUGUUCGACCGUACCGAUUUUGGAAUCUCGAAUCUUUCUCUACCAGGAGGCAUGUGUCGAUUUGAUCCUAGUGACACUGCGGUCAAGUUCGAUUGCUCCGCGCAUUCGGUUCUCUACGACGUUGUCUCUAACACAUACCGUGCCUUGAAAGUCCAAACCGAUACAUGGUGUUCUUCUGGUUCAGUUCUUCCCAACGGAACAUUGGUUCAAACUGGUGGAUACAACGACGGUGAGCGCGCUGCUCGAAUGUUUACACCAUGUGGUUAUAGUGAAACAUGUGACUGGAUCGAGUUUCCUCAGUAUCUAGCCCAACGUAGAUGGUAUGCCACCAAUCAAAUUUUACCUGAUGGACGGAUAAUUGUGGUCGGGGGAAGAAGACAAUUCAACUUUGAAAUUUUCCCUCGACCUGAUUCUCAUGGUUAUAGAGGAUCAAGAUUUGAUUUUCUUAGAGAAACUACCGAUGGAAGUAGCGAGAAUAACUUGUAUCCGUUCCUUUAUCUCUUACCCGAUGGAAACUUAUUCGUCUUCGCUAACACAAGAUCCAUUGUGUUUGAUUACAAAAGGAACCGGAUCGUGAGAGAGUUUCCAGAGAUUCCAGAUGGUGAUCCAAGAAACUAUCCAAGCAGUGGCUCUUCCAUACUUUUUCCAUUAGAUGAAAGCAAGAAUAUUAUGGAGGCUGAGAUUAUGGUUUGUGGAGGAGCUCCAAAAGACGCCUUUCCACGAGCAAAAAGCCAACAAGGAUUCACACGUGCCACUUCCACGUGUGGAAGGCUAAGGCUAACUAGUCCGAAUCCAAUCUGGGAAAUGGAGACCAUGCCAUUGCCACGUGUAAUGGGGGACAUGCUGCUCUUACCAACGGGUGAUAUCAUUAUUGUAAACGGUGCAGGAGCUGGUACAGCCGGGUGGGAGAAUGCCCGUGACCCGGUAACCCGACCCGUGAUAUAUCACCCAUUUGAUCACCGCUUCUCAAUUAUGUCCACAUCAUCGUGUCCUAGGAUGUACCAUUCGUCUGCGGUUUUGUUACCGGACGGUCGGGUUUUAGUCGGUGGUAGUAAUCCUCACAUUUAUUACAACUUCACCAACGUCGAGUAUCCAACGGAAUUAAGCCUCGAGGCUUACUCUCCUCCCUACCUCUCUUUCACGUCUGACUCAAUAAGACCACAUAUAUUGACCAACGACAAAGUAAUCAGUUACAAGAGAUUGUUCAACGUCCAUUUCUCCAUACCACAGUUUUUGACCAUUGAUCUUCUCUCUGUGAGGAUAGUUGCACCUUCGUUCACUACGCACUCUUUUGCGAUGAAUCAGAGGAUGGUGAUUUUGAAGCUAUUAUCUGUGACUCAUGAGGAUCUAACGAAUUCGUAUAAACUCGAUGUGUUGGGUCCAUCAACGGCUGAGAUUGCUCCUCCAGGAUAUUAUAUGAUCUUUCUGGUACACGCAGGGAUACCAAGUUCUGGUUUUUGGGUGCAAAUUGAGUGAACCUUAAAUUGAGGAUGAAUUGUCUGAAGUGUAUGUUGCAUGUUGAGUUUAUUACGGCUAAGUAUACAUUAAUACUGGUGAGAAAUAACAGGAGGAAUAAGAGAUUAGGUAUCUUAUAUAAUGCAUGACACAUGAGCGACUCAGCUUGAGUCCAUCUCAUGUUGAAAUAAAUCACUAUUAUGGAUUUCUUAGCUCUUUCUAGGAAAUAGAUGACAAUUACACAUCUCAUGUUGAAAUAAAUCACUAUUAUGGAGUAAUAAAAUGUACGUAUUACAAAAUUCCUAUUUAUGAGAUAAAACAUUUUUA